AUGGACAAAUCAUGGAUGAUGAAGAAUAGGAUGUCUAGGGAAUAUGAAUUGGGAGUGGAAGCGUUCAUUCAAUUUGGUUUUCGUAAUGACAAAGGUUCCAGUACUAUUAGUUGUCCAUUUUUGAAAUGUAGGAACCGUUUGUCGCAGGACGAAUCAACAGUAAGAUAUCAUCUAUAUGUCAAUGGGAUCGAUCAAAGCUAUAAGAUAUGGUUUUGGCAUGGCGAAUCUUUUACAUCAGAGACUUCAUGUAAUCGACAGUCUUACACGAGCGAAGAAACGAUCGACAACGAUUUAUUUCAUGUGCUAAAUAUGGUCCAAAAUAUCUGCGAUCAGUUUUCUGAAGUACCUAAUACGUUUGACAAUAUGUUUGAUGAUGCAAAGAAGCUUCUAUUUCUUGGUUGUAAAAGAUUCACAAAGUUAUCAGCAUUAGUUAGGCUAUACAACCUAAAGGUUAGAUUUGGAUGGAGUAAUGCUAGCUUUUUCAAACUACUAGCAACGAUUAGCGAGUUCUUGCCUGAAAAUAAUGAAAUGCCGGUAUCCAUGUAUGAAGCAAAAAAGACACUUACUGCGUUGGGCCUUAGUUAUCAAAAAAUAGAUGCAUGCCCAAACGAUUGCUGCUUGUAUAGAAAAGAUUUGGCAGACAUCAGUAGGUGCCCUAAAUGUAACAUUUCGAGGUGGAAGACAAGUAAGAACUUAAAUGAAAAGAUUAAGGGAGUUGCAGCUAAACAGUUGUGGUAUUUUCCAAUUGUUCUGAGGUUCUUAAGGAUGUUUAAGAACUCUAAACAUGCAAAGUACUUGUGUUGGCAUGCAAAUGACAGGAAAGUAGACGAUGUGUUAAGGCAUCCAGCUGAUACUCCAUCUUGGAAGUUAGUAGACCAUUUGUGGCCAGAUUUUGGGUCCGAACCGAGAAAUCUCCGCUUGGGGUUGUCCACAAAUGGCUUCAAUUCAUACGGAGAUUUAUCAACUAAAUAUUGUUGUUGGCCUGUGAUUGCUACAAUAUACAACCUUCCACCGUGGCUAUGUAUGAGGAGGAAGUAUUUAAUGUUAACUAUGUUAAUCUCGGGACCUAAGCAAUCAGAAUACGACAUAAAUGUCUACCUAGAACCUUUAAUUGAUGAACUCAAACUUAUGUGGGAAGAAGGUAUUCAGUGUUUUGAUGCACAUAAAAAAUAA